GGUUAUUCAUGGAAAGAACAUAAGUUCACACAAUCGACAGAGCGUGUUAGAGUUUAUGAUAUUACAACUUAUCCUAGUGGUAACAGCAGUAAAUUCCUUUUACGUGGUAGCUAUGAAGGAGAUUUGAGUAAAGAAGUUGUAAUUUAUCUCGAUCUUUCUGCCAUGCUGCCCAACAAAUGCAAUGAGGAUGAUUUUGAAGGAUGGAUACCGACUCAUUCUGAAGAAACGGGAUGUUUCUUCGGAAAAAAGUAUUAUCGUAAAAUCUCCGACCGUAUAUGUCGUAUUGACGAGAUCAAACACCCUGAAGAAUUAGAUGCGACGUGCUCUUGCACUGUUCAAGAUUAUGAGUG